AUGAAGUCAGCCUCCAUCCUUGCUUUAGCCUCAACGGCCUCGGGCGCAGUCAUUUCGCUCAAUGCUCGGGAUGAUGCUACCCACAUCCAAACCCGCCAAGCUCAAAACGUACAGGAGGGUCUCAAUGCAUGCACCGAUAAAGCCAUUCCCUGCACGAUUGUUUCAGCAUCCACGGAAAAGGUGAACUAUGGAUCGAAGAAUCCUCGCGACAUCGCAGAUCAACUCUGGGAGAAGUGUCUUGAAGGAGGCUGCAACGUCGAGGGAUGGGACGAAGACACGGAAGUUGUCUCUGGUCUUGGGCCUACCGGGGAUACACUCAACGUCCUAGCUCACGGUAACUGGCCCCCAGAGUUCCGUCACGGCCUUGUGUGGGGCAUGACCGAGCUGGUCGGUGGACUCUCAGAGCCCUACCGUAUGACAGCAGAUCGGCCACCUGUCAGGGGAGAGGGUGGCAAGGUGGGUAUUGAUGCCUUCAAGGCCCCCAAGAACUUCCAUAUCAGCCGAUACGCCUGGGAUGACGACCAUUGGGAGAGUCAGGCAUUCAUCAGUCUAUCGGCCUCCAUGGAGGAUGCUGGGUCCUCAACUUGCGAGGCACUCGUUGGUGCUUUGGAGACCGUCAUUGGGGCUUUCAAUGACAACAUCGGGUCUCUUAUUGGUGCCGCCGAGCCUGCUUGCGGUGCUACUGGCUAA